UAAACCUGUCCUUUCGCCUUUGGAAACCUGCUUGUUCCUCGCUUCUGGCCGACAUACAACAACUGGCGACGAGGUUGGGACAAGGACCGUCGGCCGAGAAAAGCAGGUGUUUCCGCAGGGGCGGACAUAGCAUCGACAGCCAUCAUGAGCGAAGAAGCCGGGACGCACUUCGCCGGUCGAAUGGGUUAUCUGGAACCGUUCGACGAGUCUUCCAGCGACUGGGCUUCUUACGACGAAAGGUUAACGUCGUUCCUGAUCGUCAACGGAGUUCCAGAGAGCGACAAAGUUCACGCCUUCCUCAGCAUCAUCGGUCCGAAGACCUACGCGCUACUGAAGUCCCUGACUGCUCCGGAGCUGCCUUCAACGAAGAGCUUCGAGUACCUCAAGAAGGCCCUCGGCGACCACCUGUCACCCAAGCCGUCCAUCAUCGGUGAGCGAGCCAAGUUUCACCGGAGAGCGCAACAUGAAGGCGAGUCUAUUUCCGAGUACGUCGCCGAACUUCGAAAACUGUCGCAAACGUGCGACUAUGGAAGCGUUUUGGACGAGUCACUCCGCGACCGCUUCGUGUGCGGAUUAUUAAGGGAAGACAUACAGCGCGUGCUGUUCACGGAAUACAGCAAGCUAACGUUCCAGAAAGCGGUGGAACGCGCCCAAGCCAUGGAAGCUGCGAAGCAAAGCGCGGCUGAGGCUCGCGUCGGCAACUCAAGCGUCACUGACGUGCACAAGGUGCAAGCAGGGAAUGAGAAGCAGAGGGACAGCUGCUAUCGCUGCGGGUCGUCACGGCACCGCAGUCAAGAGUGCCCUCAUCGGCAGAGUGUAUGCCACAAGUGCGACAAGAAAGGUCACAUCCAAAGGGUUUGCCGAAGCGGGACUGACGUAGGGGGCAAGAAACGUCCGCCAGGAAAAAGGGUAAAAACGCUGGAAGUUGAAGGAAGACUAGCCGUCGUACACGGCGUGUCUUCGCCCAGCCUUACCCCAGUGACGGUGGAGAUGGUGAUCAACGGAUCUGCGGUUGAAAUGGAACUAGACACAGGAGCAGCGGUAACUGUAAUGUCUGCUAAACAGUUUCACCAGUCUUUUCCGUCUGUGAAACUGACGCCAACUGUAGUCAGGCUUCGCACCUACACGGGAGCCCUGGUUCGACUUCAAGGCGUUGCGACAGUCAAUGUGCAACAUGCCCUCCGUAAAAACAAGGAGAGUGCGCCUUUGCAUGUGAAGUUGCAGACGUUUCUGCAGAGCUACCGCAACACGGCUCACGCCACAACGAACGAGUCACCCGCCAAUUUGUUUUUGGGGCGACGUUUGCGCAGUCGCCUAGACGUUGUAAAGCCUUCUGUGGGGGAAAGGGUAGCCCGCAAACAGUUCUUGCAGACUGCAAGCCGGCGUGGGCACGAUCGUGACUUUGCCGUUGGUGAUCAUGUGCUCAUCCGUAACUACUGUGGCAAACCCAAGUGGGUGCCUGGAGUGAUUCUUGCGCAGCAUGGCCCUGUUUCCUACCAAGUACGCGCCACCACCUCCAGAGGCAGCUUCACCUGGCGUCGGCACAAGGACCAGCUGCUAAGAACUCCAAGCCUUGUCGACGAGGACGCUGACCAGGAAGGCACAGAGUUCUUGUUGGUUCAACCGAGCGACAACGCACCCCAACCAUCGUCCUCGUCACCUACUGGCAGAACUGUCCCAGCCGAAGCAGCACAAGCGCCUGCUGCCCGACGGUAUCCGACAAGAACCCGGAAACCUUCCGAAAGAUUUCAAGCCGGAUCUUAA